UAUAUAUACAAAACUUAAGUUAUAUACUAAUCGGUUAUUAAAACCGCUGUUUAAGAAAAAUAAAAGGUUUUGUGGACACAACCAAAAACAUGUGGACCGACGGCGUCUUAAUAGUGUUUAUCUCAAUAUUUACGGCACUUCUCGGCGAAGGUCUUACAUGGCUUAUGGUCUACAGGACUGAUAAAUAUAAGCGUCUGAAAGCCGAAGUUGAAAGACAAUGCAAAAGAUUGGAGAAGAAAAAAGAAACGAUUGGCGAAACUAAUGACAAACAAAUGAAGAAGAAGUUGGAACGAGAAGAAGAAAAACUGAAGAACCAUAACAGAGAUCUAUCGUUAGUCAAAAUGAAGUCCAUGUUUGCCAUUGGCUUUGCCUUUACUGCUUUGCUAUCAAUGUUUAACUCGAUAUUUGAUGGUCGAAUUGUAGCCAAACUGCCAUUUGUUCCCAUUUCGCUCAUUCAGGGACUAUCGCACCGUAACUUAAGCGGCGAUGACUAUACAGAUUGUUCAUUCAUUUUCUUAUACAUAUUGUGCACAAUGUCUAUACGACAGAAUAUUCAGAAACUAUUGGGUUUCAGUCCGUCGCGUGCGGCCAGCAAACAGUCGGGUAAUAUAUUUGCACCGAUGGGCGCCCCGAGAUGAGAGAUAUAAUGAUGAGG